CUCUCCCUGUAUCAGUGCAUGUAGUCGACACUCGCUCCUAGUCGCUCGUUGGUUCGCGCAAACAUCUCAACUGCUUGCAAAGAAGGAGAAGAAUAAUAACAAAAACAAUGAGUAGAAACCAGAGGAAAAACUGAACUAGAAACAAAUAACAGAAGUAUGAAGGGGAACUGCUAAAAAUAUCCAGCACAACAAAAGAUCUGUCAUUUUUUCCUUUUUGUGCUCUAAUUUUUCUUUUUCUGUUCUGUCGUUCUCUGGAUACCUGACCGACAGGAUUAAAAAUGACUUAAAUUUCAAUCAGCUGUGGCAGGAGAGAAAGAAAGAGGGAUGAAAAAAGAGGAGUUUGUCCUCUGAAGAGAUUCAGCGGCUCACAGCUGGUGAGAACGAGGGAGUGUUAGACGGAGAGAGAGAAAUCAAGAGAGGGAGGGAAGAAGACCGGUGUCCGAAAGAGAGAGAAAGAGGGUCUUGUUUCGCUUUUGAGGAAGCCAGGAGUCGGAUCGCCUUUUCCUGCAGGACUACCUAACUGGAAAUGCUGGAAAAGCAGAUGGGGCAGAGAGAGAGAAGGUGAGAGACAAAAGGACAGGAAACCACUCUGGUGACAUAUCCAAAAGGAAUCAAUGUUUUUUGCAAUCGGACGAGUCAUUCCUCACUCCCACCACCCCGUUUUGCUCUGUGCUUGGGACGUUGUUUUGCCGUGAGACAUAAAGGCCUCAGAACUGGCAGCUCACUGGAAUCCGACACUGAAAGACGAAUGGAACAAACAACUGAAGAGGCGAAUACAUGAAAACAACAAUCAGAGCAAUUUGGAGGAGAACACAAACAAGGUGCACAUCUGGAAUAAAGAAUAAACAGACUGACAGAAUGAGAGAGCAAGAUGAGGAGGUGUUGAAUGGGAAAAUGAGCACAUGAACAUCGCAGGUGGAUGAAAAGGAGCAGGAAAAGAAGAUGAGAGGAAGAUAAAAACAGCAGGAUCCUGGAAAAUAGAUGGCAGAACAGCUGGAAAGACUCAAAAGUGGAAGAAUAUGGUGAGAAUCUUAAAAUGAUUUCAGUGGAAAUGUGAAACUGCUGGAAGGCCCCAAGGCCAAAAUGUUUCACAGCAGGAACAUUUUAACAAGGGAAGAGCAUAUCCCUGUGUUUUCCACAAACCAAACUGGAGGAGAUAUGAGUGAAAUUGAGAGUCUGACUCAAGUUGAAUCCUCAUGUUUGAAGUGUGCGCAUGGACACGGGAUAGACACACAAACACUCGUGGACACUUCUCUACCUUUAUAAGGGAUAAACACCUCAGUCUGGAUUAACAAACACCUCUAAAACUUAAAGACACGCAGAUAAACACCUGGAAAUGAGCAGCUAAUUGACCUGGGAUCAACACAGACAGAAAAGGUCUGUGGAUCACUCCCCUAUCUACCAUGCAAGACUCCCCACCCCUUCAGCCAUUCAGAAAACCACAUCCGUCCCACAUUUUAUGCCAUCCUCACAAGAACACACACUCCCCCUCAUUCCCCUCUCAUCCACCCAUCCAUCUGAAUCAAAAUAUCCUUAAGCCCUCUGAAACAUUUCGUCAAUCCUCUCCUCCGCUGUGGCCAAAGUUCACCAGCAGAUACUCACCCCCAGACACAUCCUUACUGACACUGCCACUGCCAUUACUGCACUGGCUGGCACUGUUCACUUGUGCCUGCUUGCUGCCUGCUCUUUUCGGUCAGAUUCCAGGAGCCGUAGCCGGUGAGACGUGGGGCGUAGUCUCUGCGUGUCCCUUUCACUGCGUCUGCAGGAAUCUCUCUGAAUCUCUAAGUACACUUUGUGCUGACAAAGGCCUUCUUUUCGUCCCGCCAAACAUUGACCGUCGAACUGUUGAGCUUCGUCUCGCUGACAACUUCAUCCGAGAAGUAGGAGGAGCUGACUUUGCCAACAUGACAGGACUGGUGGAUUUGACACUAUCCCGAAAUACCAUCAGUCUCAUCCGGCCACUGGCAUUUGCAGAUCUGGAAAGUCUUCGGUCACUGCACUUAGACGGCAAUCGACUGUCAGAGCUGGGCCCAAGAGACUUAGUAGGAAUGCUAAACCUGCAGCAUCUCAUUCUCAACAACAACCAACUCAUCAAUAUCUCCUCCGAGGCCUUUGAUGACUUUUUACUCACUCUAGAGGACUUGGACUUAUCCUAUAACAAUCUGCGCAAGGCUCCCUGGGAUGCCAUUCAAAGCAUGGCCAGUCUGCACACGUUAAACCUAGAUCACAAUCUCAUUGACCAGAUCGCUGAGGGGUCUUUUAGUGAGCUCUACAAACUAGCCCGAUUGGACAUGACCUCAAAUCGCCUACAGACUUUACCACCUGAUCCAUUGUUCGCUCGCUCCCAAACAGGAGUAAUUAGUCCUACACCCUACAAUGCUGUGAUCAACUUGAAUUUCGGAGGUAACCCAUUACACUGCAACUGUGAACUGCUUUGGUUGAGGAGGCUAAUCCGCAGUGAUGAUAUGGAGACAUGUGCUACACCCCUUCAUUUAGCUGGACGUUACUUCUGGUCUAUUCCUGAGGAGGAAUUUGCCUGUGAGCCUCCGCUUAUUACCCGACAUACACACAAACUCUGGGUUUUGGAGGGUCAAAGGGCAACACUCAAAUGUCGUGCUAUUGGUGAUCCAGAGCCAGUGGUGCACUGGGUCUCACCAGAUGACCGCAUUAUCGGCAAUUCCAGUCGCACCACAUCUUUCCGAAAUGGCACUCUUGAGCUACUUGUGACUGUUGCUCGUGAUGAUGGUACGUACACUUGCAUUGCUAUCAAUGCUGCAGGUGAGGCCACCUCGCUAGUUGACCUGAAGGUUAUCCCUCUCCCUCAUCGUGGAAAUGGAACGGUAUUGUUAACUCGUGACCCAGGAUCUUCGGACAUCACCAGAGGGAAAACCUCCAGUGGGCAAAGCCCUGGCCUGGACACUAAUAGUGACCCCCAGGAGGGACUGGAGGAGGGUCAGGCAGAGGGUGAGGAUGUGGCCAGUGAAGGGGGUGAGGAGCAGAUGGUGAAAGUACAAGGAGUGACGUCCACCUCAGCACAAGUGAGAUGGGAUAAGGGUCGUCUAAUGGGAGCCAACCUGGUGUGGAUGUAUCAAAUACAGUAUAAUUGCACUGCCGACGAGACACUAAUUUACAGGAUUCUGCCCCCCAUGAGUGACAGCUUCCUACUGAAAAACUUGGUCUCUGGCUCAGACUACAAUUUGUGCGUGCUAGCCAUUUUUGAUGACACAGUCACUUCCAUGGCCGCCACAACGGUCAUUGGUUGCACCCAGUUUAGCACCAAGGACAAUUACCCGGACUGCCGUUCGCUUCAAGCCCACUUCCUUGGCGGGACUCUUACCAUUCUGGUUGGUGGAGUUGUUGUGGUAACGCUGUUGGUGUUUACCGUUGCACUGAUGGUACGUCACCGUGUGUGCAGUAACCAUGACAAUCAUCAUGAAAUAGGUGAAGAGGUGGGAUGCUCAGGAACAGACUCCCCACCUCUUCCUGCUAAGGGAGCUGAUGUCUUUUCUCAGAGUAAUGGAAAUGGGAAUGUGAUGAUGGUGGUGCUGCCCAACGGGCUCGUUCAAAAGCGAAAAGUGGCAGAGGGGGGGUUGGGGUCACCACCCAAACCAACUUCCAGAGUAAAACCAAAAACCCUCCCAAAGCCCAAAGUGAAUCUGGAGCAGUUUAGGGCAGGACUAGAGAUCGAGAUGGGGUCCAUCAGACCUCUUCCACCAUACACACUGGAGAAAGAGCAAAUGUCUUUGUAUUAUACCCCCAGUAAUCAUUCCCCCUCCACACUGCCGCGUCCGUCACGCCCAUUAGGAGCAAAACCACUCAAACUCCGACCUACCAACAUGGACACAAGUAAACGGGCCAGUUUAAGCUUGGCUCCGCCCCCUAAGUACAGGUGUGACAGGCGGUUCAGCACGGGAGGGGGCAUUGUAGUCCGUCGGGGAGGACCAGAGAGCCAAUGGAAUUCCUCACUGGCCUAUCAGAGCCCUGCGCUGUCCCAUGAGAGUCCUCCUCAUGGCGCCCUGCGCUACAAGAGAAGCUCUUCAUUCGACAUGGGUGAAAUCGCCACAUCAGCCUGCUAUAGUUAUGCCAAGAGAUUUAGCGUAAUCUGGACCAAACGGAGCCAGUCGUUACAUGGCAUGCUUGUCCAGUGCACCUCAGCAACAAGCACCUCAACAACCAGCAGUGGCAGUGAAGAUUUCCACGCGCAGCAUACACGCGGAUACAUCCGUGCCUACAACACCACCAACUCCAAUUCCAACCCUCCGAAAGCAGAGGUUACAACAAAUUUAAAAAACCAGUGGCUGAAGGAUAAAGAAAAGGACAAAGAAAAGGGAGAAGAACUUGAGGAGAGUGUAGUGUAGGGAAAGAGAAGACAGACGAGACAGUUCUGUUAGGACCUUGAGAUGGAUGUGAAAGGAGUCAAAGAGCAAACCAGUUUAAAGGAGAGCUGAAAAUGUGGUACAGUUAUUGUAUGAGUGACUGAACCCUAGGGGGAAAAACAGCCUAAGCUGGUUUGGUGGUCUUAGCUGCUCUUCCAAUUUGGUAAUGGUGGUCUAAUUUGCUGGUUUUAAAGGAGUUUUGGGUACUUGACAGCCGGUCAGCCUGGGAGACCAGCCAGCUAAACCAGCUGAAGACUAGCUUGGUCACACUGAGAGUAAACCAGCUUAGACAAGUCUGCAAGGAAAGUGAACGUGUACAAAUGGAACAAUGGUGGCAUGAUGUGGACUUUUAGAAAAUAAAUGGGCAUUGACUGACAAUUGAUAUUUUGUGUGUGAGGCUAUAUGUGUGUGUAUAUGUGUGUGUAAGUGAGUGAAUGGAUUAAUGCACAAAAAAGUAAUUAAAAGUAAUUUUAUGACACCACUGGAACUACUGUAAAAUGUGAUCACCACCAUCCAGUACAAAAAAUGUAUUAUGUGAAGCCAAGAGACUAUUAUGUUGCCGUAAGGAUGCUGGACUAUUAUAGAAGGAAAAAUGAUUAAAAAAAAAAAAAAUGCCAUUCCAAGACCACAAAAUCAGUGAAUAAAUUCUGUUUUAAAAUACAUUUUGGUUGGAGAAAUGGAUAAAAGGACAAUAAUGCGUUAAAGAUUUGCCAGAAAUGUUUCUUUUUGUCUUUCAUGAAUGAUGCAGUGAAAAAAAGUUCAGUUCUUGUUGGAGUAAAUUCAAUGUCAAUGUCAUCAAGUGUUAAAAUGAUUUUUCUUUACAGAGUACAGAAAUGAAAAUGAAAAUAAGGAGCAGUGAUAUUAAUAAACAUUUUAAUAUCUGUUUGA